CCCUUCCCCACCUGGCACAUAUGGAGUCCCUCCUCUGAGUCCCAGACCUUGGGAACUGAGCAUGUGAAAUCAUCCUCUUUCUUGCAUCAUGCAUGUCCACAUUGCUGCCCCCUUACCCUUACCUCAAGCCACCACAGGCAGAUGGUGAAACCCGAGCUGAGGGGGGACCUCCACCCCUACAGGGGCCUGAUGGGCAGCACAGCUGGCCAAUCCCAAGGCUCAGUGGGUAGGUCUGCUGGGUGACUACUAGGUUGGGGAGUCCCAGUCAGUUGGCUCUAAAGGGGCCUAGGUCAGUAGCCAGUCAUGAACUCUGAGAGUCAAACCUAGCUACCCAUCGGACAAUCCACUUUCAGCUUUCCUGGGUCCUGGGCCAUAGAAGUGGCCCUACCCUAUGUUGAAGGUAGCUCUGGCACUGACAUCUGGCACUGCUGUGCCUACAUUGGCUGCAAUGCAAUCAAACUCUAUAGAAGAGAAACUGCCAUCUUCGACUUCUGACUCAGGACUAUCCACCCGGAGUAUGGGACUCCCUAAUGCCCAGCUCUGGCUGAUGCUGCUGUGGGCACUGGUGUGGGUACAGGGCGUAGGAUCUGCAUGUCCAUCCUGUGGGAGCCCAGCAUUGGCACUUCAAGCAGAAAGAACUCUGAUGCUGGAGCUAGCAAAGCAACAGAUCCUCAAGGGGCUGCACCUGACCAGUCGUCCCCGAAUAACUCAUCCUCCACCCCAGGCGGCACUGACCAGAGCCCUCCGGAGACUGCAAUCUGGGACUGUGGCUUCAAUGAAGGAAGAGGUCAUCAGUUUUGCUACCAUCACAGACACAUCCACUUCAACCUGCAGCUCCAUGCUCACUUUCCAGCUGUCCACUCUCCAGUACCGUCACCUAUACCAUUCCCGCCUCUGGCUGUAUGUUCUCCCCACCCCCCCUUCUGGCACUCUUCACCUGAGGAUCUUCCAAUGGGUCCCAGGGAGGAGGCGCAGAGGGUCGUUUGCCCUCCUGGCUGAGCACCAAAUAAAUUCUCCUGGCUGGCAUGCUUUGAUUCUGCCCUCUAGUGGCUUAAGAGGUGAGCAGUCUGGUAUCCUGAAACUCCAGUUGGACUGUAGAACUCUAGAAGACAACAGCACAGCUGCUACUGGACAACUGAGGCAGCACCUGGACACAGCAGGACACCACCGUCCCUUCCUGGAGCUUAAGAUUCAAGCCUAUGAGCCUGGAGCAGGUCGAACCAGAAGGAGGACUCCCACCUGUGAGCUUGAGAAUCCCUUAUGUUGUAGGCGAAACUAUUAUGUAGACUUCCAAGAACUUGGAUGGCGGGACUGGAUCCUGCAGCCAGAGGGGUACCAACUGAAUUACUGCAGUGGAAAGUGCCCUCCCCAUCUGGCUGGCAGCCCUGGGAUUGCUGCCUCCUUCCAUUCUGCAGUCUUCAACCUCCUCAAAGCCAACAAUCCUUGGCCUGCAGGUAGCUCCUGCUGUGUACCCACUGCCAGAAGGCCUCUCUCUCUCCUCUAUCUUGACCGUAAUGGCAAUGUGGUCAAGACGGAUGUGCCAGACAUGGUGGUGGAGGCUUGUGGCUGCAGCUAGCAAGAGGAUCUGGGGGUUUAGAGUGAAGAGAUCAAGUUGGGGGUUCCUAGGAAAAGGAUAUCUGUGUCUGUAGGCAUCAGAUUUUCUGAUCCAUACCCCCAUUCACUAGGCUGCCUGGAAGUGUGACUGGAUCAACCCCUCUGGAGUCCCAGCAGGCACUCUCUUGUCCUAGAUACUGGCCUAUUUCAGGCUAGUCGAUAUAUGGAGUGAUGGGUAAACUGUUUCUGUAAGGCAAUGAUUUCCUAUCCUAAUCCCUGAGAAAGAAUGACAGGGGCUGGUGGGGGGAGGUAGGGAAGGAGAAGGUAAAGAAAAGUUAGUCUCUUCCAAGAACUAAAAGUCCUCAAGUAAAGGAGGAAGAAAGCAGAAGGCCCAGAAGGCUUAGGAUGGGGCAAAGAGGCUGGCAGAGGAUGGGGACUGUUAACGGCUUCAAUUUGGGUUUUUUGUUUGUUUUGUUUUUGAGACAGGAGCUAUUAGCUCAGGCUUGUCUCAAAAGCUUUAUCUUCCUGCCUCAGCCUCUCAAAUGCUAGGAUGGGUGCAGAGCCUAAGAAUUUGUCUGGUUCUCCCCAGAACCACUGGGGAGACUAACAUUUAUAGUUUCCUAAUAAAAAUAAGAAAGAAAACAACAAGUGUGCAUCAUUAAGAAAGGCUGAGGUGAUGAUCCACAGCAAUGGCUCUCAAAUGUGAUCUGUAGCCUUCUGCUAGAUCCCUGAGGUCCUUACGGAGUUUCUACAGGUCAGAAACUUUUUCGUCAUAAUAUUAAGAUGUUAUUUGCUCAUUAUCUCAAUGUUAUACAGUGAAACUUUCAUAUGUGUGACAUGUGAUUACAUCAUCUUUCUGACAUCACUGUUAA